AUGGCUACCGCCAUUUCUUUGUCGACGCCAGUUGGUACUGCCGCUUGCGAGAAGCACGCGAAGGAUCUUAACUUCAUUGAAGAUAUGACCAAGAAUGCCAAAGACAUCCAAGACAAGGUUUUUGUUGACAUCCUCACCCUAAAUGCCGAGACUCAGUAUCUCCGCCGACACCACCUUAAUGGCUCCACCGAUCGAGAGACAUUCAAAUCGAAGAUACCAGUCAUCACCUACGAGGAUCUUCAGCCUGAUAUUCAACGCAUUGCCAAUGGUGAUCGUUCCCCCAUCCUCUCGGUUUACCCCAUCUCUGAAUUCCUCACUAGCUCUGGAACUUCAUCCGGUGAGAGAAAGCUCAUGCCAAUGACUCAAGUAGAGCUGGAUCGCCGUAUAUUUCUUCAUAACCUUCUCAUACCUGUCAUAAGCAUUUACGUUCCAAGCCUUGACAAGGGAAAGGGGCUCUACUUCUUGUUCGUCAAAGCCGAAACGAAGACGCCUGGUGGGAUAUCAGCACGAACAGCCCUCACAAGCUACUACAAGAGUGACCGUUUCAAGAUGAGGCCAUACGACCCUUAUGACGUACACACCAGCCCCAACGAAGCCAUCCUAUGCUCCGAUACUUCCCAGAGCAUGUACACACACAUGCUAUGUGGCCUCUACCAACGAAACGAAGUCCUCCGAAUUGGCGCCAUGUUUGCCACUGGCCUACUCAGGGCGAUCCGAUUCCUCCAACUCAACUGGCAACAACUCGCACAUGACAUUGCCACCGGGACUUUGAAUCCCAAAAUCACCGAUCCCUCUAUCCGAGACUACAUGUUGCAAAUCCUCAAACCCAACCCUGAAUUCUCCCGAUUCAUCACCGACGAGUGCUCAGGUACGAACUGGGAAGGAAUCAUAAGAAGAAUCUGGCCAAACACCAAGUACCUUGACGUGAUAGUCACAGGUUCCAUGGCCCAAUACAUCCCAACCCUCGAUUACUACAGCGGCGGAUUACCCUUAGCAUCCACCAUUUACGGUUCCUCUGAGUGCUACUUCGGCAUCAACCUUAAACCGAUGUGCAAGCCCUCCGAGGUGUCCUAUACAUUCAUGCCCAACUUGGCCUACUUCGAGUUCCUUCCUCACGAGUCCACAUCGUCCACACUGAGUGGUGGCGACAACUCAACUCCCCGGCUGGUUGACCUGGUCGACGUGGAAGUCGGUAAGGAGUACGAACUUGUGGUCACCACGUACGGCGGUCUUUAUAGGUACCGGGUUGGGGACAUACUCCGAGUCACCGGGUUCCAUAACUCGGCUCCCCAAUUCCACUUCGUGAGGAGGAAGAACAUCCUGUUGAGUAUUGACUCGGACAAGACUGACGAGGCCGAUUUGCAGAAAGCGGUGGAGAACGCAUCGGAGUUGUUGCAAGUGUACAAAACUAGCGUGGUGGACUACACGAGCUAUGGUGACACGAAAAGUAUGCCGGGGCAUUACGUGAUAUACUGGGAGUUGCUAGUGAAGGACCCGGAGAACGUGCCGAGUGAUGAGGUGAUGAAGCAGUGUUGCCUUGCCAUGGAAGAGUCACUGAAUUCUGUUUACAGACAAGGGAGGGUGGCGGACAACUCGAUCGGAGCGUUGGAGAUAAGGGUGGUGAAAAGUGGGACAUUUGAGGAACUCAUGGACCUCGCCAUCUCAAGGGGAGCCUCCAUUAAUCAAUACAAGGUGCCGAGGUGCGUCAACUUCACACCUAUCAUGAAGCUUCUUGACUCCAAGGUCCUCUCCUCGCAUUUUAGCCCUGCUUGCCCUCAUUGGACCCCGGAACGACGACGGUGACGAUACGCCAAUCAUCA